UCCUCCCCCACGGUGCCGGACCCGAGCCAGAGUUCCCCUCCCCGCCUCGCACCGCCCCGUCACACUCCGUUACCCCUAACAACCACCGAGAUACAAAAACAGAGCGAGAGACGAGCGGCGGCCGGUGGGGAUGGCGCGGCGCGGGCGUGUUGAGCUGCGGCGGAUCGAGGACCGGACGAGCCGGCAGGUGCGCUUCUCCAAGCGCCGCGCGGGGCUCUUCAAGAAGGCGUUCGAGCUCGCGGUCCUCUGCGACGCCGAGGUCGCGCUGCUCGUCUUCUCCCCCGCCGGGAAGCUCUACGAGUACGCCUCCUCCAGCAUUGAAGGUACAUAUGAUCUCUAUCAGAGAUUUGCAGGAGCUGGAACGAACUUGAAUGGAGGCGAUGCAAGUAGCAACAAUGAUGGUGAUCCUUCAAACAUACAGUCAACGCUUAAAGAGAUCGCUUCCUGGUCUAUUCAAAACAAUGCUGAUGUCUCAGAUGCUAAUAAGCUAGAGAAACUGGAGAAACUCCUGACAGAUGCUUUGAGGAAUACAAAAUCCAAGAAGAUGUCGGCGCAACAAAAUAGCGGGGCAGGCACGAGUGGCGAGAACGCCAAUGGUCCUAGGGGAAAGAAGAAGCGAGGAAGGACUUGAGAGCAGUCAUGUGGUGUGUCUGCAUUUGGUACAAGCAAUGCUCUGUUCCUGAUGCAACACUCUUCCCCAGUUGGGUAUGAAAGAGUUGUCAGAGCUGCUGCUUGUAACGUGUAUGGCAGUAAGGGCAAAUUCAAUAAAAGGGUGGUGGGUUAACACUAAUUCAAUAAUAUGAUGUUUUACCUUUUGCCUUGUUCGAACUAUAUGUGAUAUUUAUGUGAAUCUAUCAGUCUGUUAUCAUCCUUCGCUAUUCCUAUCGUAUGGAACUGAGUGGUCUCUGUCAACAAAUAAAAUUGCAACUGAAUGGGAAAUCAGUUUAUGUGGA